AUGGACCAAUACUACGACACGAGAGAAGCGAAGCAUAUGGUACACAGUUUGUCGGAGGAAAGGGUGGCGAAAGAUGAGCUGCAUCUCUCGAGACUAUACAGGGAAACAACGGUGCUAGAGGGCAUGCAGAUAACGUCAGAUGAUGACGAGCAGACCUGCCAGUCCAUCACAUUAACUGGGUUCAACGGCAAGAGUUUCGAUGAUGCUAUAUGCGCGAUCAGAGAGAUACAAUGCACAGGCGAAAGGGAAUUCCAUCAAGGCCAGCUACAAGAAUGGUUGCCUGUCAAACUGCAAGGAUACGAUGCCGUAGAGAUGUCUAACCGAUACUUCAGAACCCGCAGCAAAACAGAGCGAGAAACAGGAAUACCGAUCAGGACCGAUGUCGAUCCUAAAGGCAACAACUUGAUACACAUGGAAGAGAAUGUAGUGAAAUACUACAGAGGCAUCAUGGACGCAGGGAAGAAAAAAUACAUGGGAGCCAAGCCCCAUAUGUUCAGAACAGGUGACAUAGUAGAAGCACAAUGCUCAGUCGUCUUCGUGAGAUGUAAGGGGGGCAGUGUCAAGACGAAAUUGGUACUGCAUGCGAUAGCAAUGGUCAACUGUGAACACACUAUGGUGGGGGGUGCACCAUCGGCAGUGAGGAUGAAGAGGAAAGUGGGCUUCAAAUACGAGGGCGAGGCUGAGGAGACACACGAGAAGUCGAAGAAGCAUCAGGAUGACGUACAGAAUGAUGAGCAGGAUAGCAUGUUGAGCACUGAAAUGUAG